UUAGACAAAACCACGAACGAAGCACAAGCAUCUGAGGAGGUAGUGUCUGAAACUGAGGCCGAGUGUGUGAAAAUGUUUGACCUGAAGAAGAGGAACAGUCUGACUCUGAACUACAGCCACGAGACGGAGGAGUUCAGACGGGUGGCGGUCAGACGGAAGGUCAAAGGUGCAGCAGUGGAGGGGCAGGUGUCCCACACAGUGAAUGGUGAGGUGUGUGGUUCAAACAGCGGACCCCUUUCAUGUGACAGAGCAUGUAGAUCUGGAUCUAACUGUAAAGUGGGUGCAGAGGAAGAUGGUGAAAGAAACCUGGCUAAGAGACUACUUCACAAACCACAAGUCCCUCCUAAACCCGCUCACCUCCAGAGCCCUGUGAGGACAGGACUAGAGAAAACUCCCAGUCCCACUAGAGCAAAAUUACAAGGCCAAGAAAGGAAUGGAGCCAAGGAAGAGCAGAGUCCGAACAGAGGAUAUGGGGUGUCUGUUUCUGUUGUCAGCUCAACACAGAAUCAUCUUGGCUGCCCUUAUCCUGUCAGGGGAGGGGGGAGCAGUUUUGUGAAUGGAAUAUCUGGAACACAAAGUGGCUCUGCCAGCCACACUCAGGGGAUUUCAAAUUUUGCAAGCAGUCCAAAUUUAGGAUCUCCAAGUCCAGCAAAAAGAGGCAUUCAUAGCUGUAGCCCAUUGAGGGAAGCAGGACACAGCCCGGCUAAAUUGUCUCCAAGGCACUGUAGCCCCCUGACAGGAAGGCUGCGGACCCCCAGUCCUGUUCAGGGGAAGAUGUGGAGCUAUAGCCCAGCCAAAAACUCCAAGUCCUGGCUAGGACUGCACAAAAUCCCAAGCUCCAAGAUGGACAUGCAAGAGAAGAAGAAGGGGAAAUCUUUGAGCGUGCCUAACCUCAUUGUUUAUUUGGAAGAGAGCAGAAAUUGCACUGAAAAUGUUGAAUGCUCUCCGCUGAACCCUCGGGCAUCUCUCAGCUGCAGGAGACGUGACAUCACCAUCAACUCGCCGGCUCCUGAUAGGCUCAAUCAGAUCUGUAAUGAAGUCAUACCUCAUCUACUGAACCAUAACAAAGAACGAUCUCCAGGAAAAAUUAAUGUUAUAGGGAAGGAGUGUGUAGCAAUACCUGCAAAACGAAUAAAUGAUGAAAUGGAAGAUGGUAAGAUACCCACAGGCUAUGGUUCCAAGUUUUCCUGCCAGUGGUCUGGGAAUGAGAACAGUCACAAAGAGUCUGAAGAUGACCAAAGUGAGGAGGAGAAGAGGAGGGAGACAGGAGGAAUCUUUCAUAAAGAUGAAGAGAGCACAGAGCAGAAAUUAUACCAAAUUGCUAAUGAGCUCUUGCAGACAGAGAAGGCCUACGUGGCUCGUCUCCACCUGCUUGACCAGGUGUUCUGCUUACGACUAACAGAAGAAGCAGGCCGAGGCUCUUUUCCUCCAGAGGUGAUUAGAAAUAUCUUCUCCAACAUUUCCUCCAUCUACUCCUUCCACAGCCAGUUUCUUCUACCUGACCUGGAAAACUGCAUCAACCACUGGAGUGAGAGUCCAGGCCUGGGUAAAGUUUGGCUUCAACACGCUCCUUUCCUGAGGAUGUAUGCAGACUAUGUCAGGAACUUUGACCAGGCCAUGGAGCUGGUUAGGACCUGGACUGAGCGCUCUUCUGCCUUCAGGAACAUCAUCCAGGACAUACAGAAUCAGGAGGUGUGUGGCAGCUUGACCAUGCAGCACCACAUGUUAGAGCCAGUCCAGAGGGUUCCACGCUACGAGAUGUUGCUGAGGGAUUAUUUGAAGAAACUGCCUAAAGACGACCCAGAUUAUGAUCUUGCACAGAAAUCCUUGCAGACCAUCUCCAUGGCAGCCACUCAUUCAAACAGCGCCAUCCAAAAAGCUGAAAGCCUGAAGCGGCUCCUGGAGAUAUACGAGAUGGUUGGAGAGGAGGAAGUGGUCAACCCGACCAAUGAGUUUCUCAGAGAAGGUCGUUUGCUGAAGCUUGCAGCCAGAAACGCAUCAGCCAUGGAGAGACAUCUAUUCCUGUUCAACAACUUUUUGCUGUGCUGCACUCACAAGUUCAGCCUACUUGGGCAGCGUUUCACAGUCCGGUGCAGGAUUGGAGUGGAUGGUAUGCAAGUGCAGCAAACAACAAAUGAAGACCAUCCAUACAGCUUCCAGGUCUCUGGAAAGGAGAAGACUCUGGAGCUUCAGGCCAGCUCUGAACAAGACCGAGAUGAGUGGAUAAAGGUGAUUCAGGAGGCUAUUGAUGUGUUCCAGAAGAAAAAUGAAUCAUUCAAACUGGCCUCCAGGGAGCUGACUGUAGAAGAGCCAACAAAGGAACUUGGCCGGCGUGCCCCUCGCUGGAUCCGAGAUAAUGAAGUGAGCAUGUGUAUGAAAUGCCAGGAGCCUUUUAACGCACUCACCAGGAGGAGACAUCACUGCAGAGCCUGUGGCUGUGUUGUGUGUUGGAAGUGUUCGGACAACAAAGUGGCUUUAGAGUAUGACAGUAACAAGCUGAACAAAGUGUGUAAAUCCUGCUACUCCAUCCUGACAAGUCGGAGAGGAGAGAAGAGGAGAACACUCGAAUCAGAGACAUCUCCAGUAUCCAGUCACAACUUAAUGAGUGGUUUCCUGCAAUAUGGUGACAACACCAAGACAUGGCAACGGAUGUGGUGUGUUGUCACCAGAACUGAGCCUCCAGUCCUCCACCUGUACGCUGCUCCACAGGAUGUCAGACCCCUAUCGACAAUACCUCUGCUCGGUUGCAUUAUGGAGGAGUUGCCACAGGAGUUUCGGGGCCAGGCCUAUUUCUGUUUAAGACACUGGAAAACAACUCACUCUUUCGUCUGUGAUGGCCUUGACCUUAAGGAGCGCUGGUUGGCUGUUCUCAAGGUGGCUGUGACUGGCAGGAUCCCAGCAUCAACUACCUCUGACGUCAUCAGUGGAUCUAGUAACGGUAAUGUCAGCGAUGGAAACUCUUCAAGCGGUGAUGAAUUUGUAAUAAUUGGAAAUCAUGAGAAUCACUGCUGAAUGGGAUUUUAUACACUGGCAAGGAUUUUAGAAGUGGUAUAUAUACAGCAAUUCUAUGUUGUUGAUAGUAGUUGUAUGUGAUGAAAUGAAUACAUUUUAGAAAUGAAGUUCAACAAUGCAAAAGUUCUUUAUACACAAUAUUCAACUGAGAACUGUGUUUCCUUACAAGUGACUGUGCACUUUAUUUGUGAAAUGGUUUACAAUAAAAUAAAUAAAGUGAAGGUGUUUUAACAGAUUAUCAGACUAUCCCUUCAACUACUAAAAUGUUUGCUUCAGCUCUGUACAAGUUGUCUAAGUUUCUGUGUUUGCCUGAUAGUAGUUUCUUAAAAGGAGACAUCAAGUUUCAGUGACACACACAGGCUUAGGGACCAUAUUUUCCUUAUAAAACACAUUCACUUGAUCCCAUUUCUUCACAGAUAGAAUUACAGCAGUUGAAUAUUUACACUAACAAUUUACAACCUAAUGAUAAAAGUCAAACAGAAAUCAAACGUAAAAAAUUAAUAAAGGGUGCAAUAUUGAUCUCCUAGGUGUUAAGGACAUGACAAAUGGAGAGUUGAAGCACCAGGUUCAUGUAGUGUUUAUGGUAUGUUUGUAUCAGGGGAGGGAAAUAAAACAUUCAUUCCGUAAUUAAAUGUUUUACCUAACCUCAGUCUUAUCAAGAAUUUUGACAUUUUGACAAUGAGGACUUUGCUUUAUUGUAGGUGAAAUGUGGUUUAAAAGUGCAUCAAUCUGUGUUUGUUGCAUUUAAAAUUUCUCAAAAUCAGUUGUAAAAUGUGCUGCUCUUAAGUCUCAGACUCAGAGAUUUGACCCCUCUGCUGCGUUGUCUACCUAGUUUAGAUUUUCUCUUUUUAAUUCUAAUGUUGCUAUGUUUCCUUUUGAUGGAUUUUAGCCAUAGCUUGCAAAAUGUUGGCAGGUUGAAAAGCCAGUGGUCCUGUUUAAGUGUGUUGACACCUUGCUGCUGUACACUGGUGAACCUUGUGGUCUCCGGUUUGUCACGUUUCGCGAAGAUUGUGAAAACAUUUCCUAUGCUGUUGAAAUGUACAGCUUAAAAUGAAUGCGUAUAAGCACACUCUUAAGUAGAUCUGUCCAUCUCGGUGUUUCUAUCAUACUAGUAUUAACAACAAAACUAAAUUUUUGAGAACAGCAUCAAAGAAAUGGUUACAUCUUUCAGCAACAUAUUAUUCCUCAGAACUGCAAUCCCAGCUGACAGUCAGAGUCAGUUGGCAGGUCACCUCAAAACGCUUCUAUUUCCUUGUGGACAUCACUAUCACCUAAUGUCUAAAGAAGUCGUUUAGUCAUAAUCUAUGCUGAAAUGGCUUCUGUAAAUGUUGACAGUAUAUGCAACA